GUCUGAAGCCGUUGGCUGCUACUGAACCGUUUGGCUCUUUUCUCUACUAGCGAGCAAACCUACAAUCCAGACCCAACUGUCCAUCCAGCUCAUUUUUAAGGGGAUUUAUCAAUAUAUAUGCCCGUGUAUCCAAAACACAUCGGUCAUUGGGGAUUCUCAGCACCGGUUGGCCGGGUCUGAAGGCCGUUAUAACGCUUUUUUCGAGGUUUAAAUAGAGCUAGAAAACAACGGUGGUGGAGGAGGAGGAGAUUCCAUAUUAGGAGCACAGAGAAGGCACCCCCCUUGUGUGAUUUGGAGCUUCUGCUUCUCAGCCCAUGGUACAAGGCCCUGACUGAACAUACUGGUGGUGCAUACAUACUUACUACUGUGGUUAGGUGUGUGCGUGCUGACCUCAUGGUGUAACAGGAGUAAAGAUGAGCAUUAGCAGUGAUGAGGUCAACUUCCUGGUCUACAGAUACCUACAGGAGUCAGGGUUCUCCCACUCAGCGUUUACCUUUGGUAUAGAGAGUCACAUCAGCCAGUCCAACAUCAAUGGUGCUCUGGUUCCCCCUGCUGCCCUCAUCAGCAUCAUCCAGAAGGGUCUGCAGUACGUUGAGGCUGAAGUCAGCAUCAAUGAGGAUGGAACGUUAUUUGACGGACGGCCCAUAGAGUCUCUGUCCCUAAUUGACGCGGUGAUGCCGGACGUCGUUCAGACGAGGCAGCAGGCCUAUCGGGACAAAAUGGCCCAGCAGCAAGCGGCCGCUUCGGCUCCAGCAUCAGCCACUGGAGGGAGCAUCACCGGCAAUGCCAAGAAUGGAGAGAAUACUGCCAACGGGGAGGAGAACGGAGCCCAUGCCUUAGCAAACAACCACGCAGAUCUAAUGGAGGUGGACGGGGAUGUGGAGAUCCCUCAGAACAAGGCCAUGGUCUUGAGAGGACACGAGUCAGAGGUCUUCAUCUGUGCCUGGAAUCCAGUCAGCGACCUGCUGGCAUCAGGGUCUGGUGAUUCGACGGCUCGUAUCUGGAACCUGAGUGAGAACAGUACAAGCAGCUCCACACAGCUGGUCCUGAGACACUGCAUACGAGAGGGAGGACAGGAUGUCCCCAGCAACAAAGAUGUCACCUCGCUAGACUGGAAUAGUGAGGGCACACUGUUAGCAACAGGCUCCUAUGAUGGAUUUGCUAGAAUAUGGACGAAGGACGGUAACCUGGCCAGUACACUUGGCCAACACAAAGGUCCCAUCUUUGCCCUCAAGUGGAAUAAAAAAGGCAAUUUUAUCCUGAGUGCAGGAGUAGACAAGACAACAAUCAUAUGGGACGCCCACACAGGAGAAGCCAAACAACAGUUUCCCUUCCAUUCAGCUCCAGCACUAGACGUGGAUUGGCAAAGCAACAAUACGUUUGCCUCCUGUAGUACAGACAUGUGCAUCCAUGUCUGUAAACUAGGACAGGACAGACCCAUUAAAACAUUCCAGGGACACACAAAUGAAGUAAACGCAAUCAAGUGGGAUCCCACAGGGAACCUGCUAGCCUCCUGCUCAGAUGACAUGACGCUGAAGAUCUGGAGUAUGAAGCAGGACUCGUGUGUCCAUGACCUGCAGGCCCACAGUAAAGAAAUCUACACCAUCAAAUGGAGUCCCACCGGCCCUGGAACCAACAAUCCCAGCGCUAACCUCAUGCUAGCCAGUGCAUCGUUUGACUCCACAGUUCGUCUUUGGGACGUGGAGAGAGGCAUCUGUAUCCACACGCUGACUAAACACCAGGAGCCAGUCUACAGUGUGGCGUUCAGCCCCGAUGGUCGGCAUCUGGCCAGUGGCUCUUUUGACAAAUGCGUGCACAUCUGGAAUACACAGACGGGCGCUUUAGUCCACAGUUACAGAGGGACAGGGGGAAUCUUUGAGGUUUGCUGGAACGCAGCAGGGGACAAAGUGGGAGCCAGCGCAUCAGACGGAUCUGUGUGUGUACUAGACCUUCGGAAAUAGUGCUGCUGUUUGUUGGAAGCCAUGGACCGACCAUGAAUGUGUACAUAGCCAAAUGACUGUCCCUGCCUGCCCUGCGUACUGCUCACGCUUACGACUCCGGCCCCACCCACCGACAGACAGGAAGCAGGAAACAGGAACAGGAAACAAGCACCCGACACAGCAGGUCCAGACACGGGGAUGAACAGAUGGACGGACAGAAGGACGGACGGACAGACGGAUAAGCGGGCAGAUGGAAGCGCCCCUCUCUAUCUGUGCAGACUCUUCCAGAGAUGCAGAAGGGACGCAGUGAAAAAAAAAGAAAAACUGAAAAAAAAAAGUUACAGAUCCGUAUAUGUACCAAAUUUGGAAGCUAUUUUGCUUUUUUGAUCUUUAAACCAUGCUCAUCGUCAUCAAAAUGAAAAACAAUGAAAAAAGUGUUGAUCUUUGUUACUAGCUGGAUCUCAUUGUGCAGACAUAUCAACUUCUCCACCAUAAAACAGGAUGGCACUUAGUUUUUUUUAAAUUUCAGAUCUCUUGUUUCAAUGUUUUUAUAUUUUCUAUCUGUGGAGGAGGCAGCAGGGCUCAGAGUUUUAUGAAGUGGAGAAGUACAUACACACACAUACACAUAUACACUCGGACAUGCACACCAAACAGUUCUCAUCAUGAUUUCAAACCAACGUGACAAGCCUAAAGCCCCCAAUCCCCACCCCCCCCAUGUAUUUCGGUUGUGGUUUCUGCAGUUUGUGAGGGGGGUCAAAAUUCACGUGUCGUCUUCUCCAGAGGACGAACUUACUUGGGACUCUCCUCGUACAUCCACCUGGGCAAAUGACACUGAUGUACAUCUGGAUGCUGUAAAAACAGCUCCUUUGCUCACUACUUGAUCUAUGAUGGUUUUACCCCCAGUUCCCCUCUCUGGACUCUUCGGUCACAGCUGUUACUUGUCUGACUGGAAGAAACUGAAAUUUCUGAAUGAAAGAGGCUGACUGUUCCCUCCACUUGUCUGAAUGUUGUGAGUUUUAGGGUAACGCAACAGUACGUCAGGUCCCAUCUCACAUCAGAUUUUCAGCCAGUAACAUUUGCAGUAGUUCUUUUGUACCUUUACUAAAAACCAUACAGAUUGACAUUAAUAGCUGGUGUACUCCGGAUAGUGUCCUCCUUUACACUGAAUAUAUCAAACUUAAAACAUUUCUAACUUGAUUCAUGGACACCCUCAAAGGCCUCAAAUCAAACCCACACUGCCUAAGGUGGUGUGGUGAAACGUGUCUACUUACUUAUUGCAGAUGGCAGAUUCUCUGGAGGCAGAAAUAAUCUCAGUCAGUUAAACCACAGAGGGCAGAGCCAAAGAAAAAUCCACUAAGUACAGAAGGACAUGGUUAAUAUUACAGACUGUAGAGCUCCACUACAGACAGGACACUAAAGCUGUGUUCAGAAUCGCUACCCUGUUCAUUACACAUGUAAUUUCCUGUAAACUCAAUAUGCAAAAAUAGAGAUUUUGGACAUAGUGAUACACAGUCAUUUUUGCAUCUAUAAGAUGCAACACAGACUGUGCGAUUGCUAGCAAAAUAGUUUCUUGUGGGAUUUUUUUUUUAGGCACCAUAUAAAUCAUACAUUUCAGAAUAUAAAUGCUGAGAUAAAAUGACAGGGAGUAAAUAUGGCGCAGUGGAAACAGGAAGAAACAGCCUCAGUGUAGCUAUGCUAAGCUAGCUGGCUUAGCUAAGCUUUCAUCUUCAGAAUAGUCGUACCUGCCCAAAGUAAUAACGUGUAUUUUUCUGUCUCCUAUUUGGUGUUUAGUCAGCCUGUGGAUACAGAUGCCUCUCUCCACAUCCCAAAGACGAACUCUGGAGUCAAACGACGCUCUGUAGAAGUAGGAGACAGGGACAAAUAGGGUUGUGUCAUCAAUGAAUGGGAGAUCGUCAUUGUUAUUAAGAUCUUUUACAUUAUAUUUUGACCAAAGUUUUGUCUUCAACAGUCAAAUUAGCCAUUUUGCUUCCACUUUGGCAAACUUAGUUUCUUGGCUCUGCUCUGUUGAGCGUUUAAUCCAGAGGUGUCCAAACUUCCACAAAGGGCCGUGUGGCUGCAGGUUUUUGUUCCAACCAAGCAGCAGCACACCAGACUUGACUAAUUUAAUCAACUGAUCUCAGUCUGCAGACAGUUGAUUGGUCAAACUGUGUGCUCUUGAUUGGUUGGAACAAAAACCUGCAGCCACACGGCCCUUUGUGGAACAGUUUGGACACCUCUGAUUUAAUCCAAACAGUGAAUUAAUCAAUACUCCAGAGUACCUCUGCCUCCAGGACUGAGAUUUUAAUCUGCUGAUAUUUUAUUUUUUCAGUCUUUUAAUAACACAACCACCCACAUUUAACUAGCGUGGAACUGGAGCGUUAAAGGACAUAAACGAAGCAGACAUGAAAUAAUAGCUAAAGGUCAAAAGUCUGUUCCCCACGACCUGACAGUCAUGGUGAAUGAAAAGGACAAACUGUACUUCAGAUGUAUUUGAAUCCAUCGGCCCUCUCACCUCCAUUAUUGAUUCUUCACCAAAACUCUGCCCACAUUUUAUUCUGAGGUUCCCUCCUGACAAAACAUUUUCUACUCUUUUAAAGACAAAUUUAAAGUGACAUUUUUCUAAUUUCUAUGUAGAUUUGAAAAGCAGUGAAUUUAUCACAGUUUUAAUUGACAGGUUCUAUAAAUUUGACAGGUUUGGUCUUGUUCCUUUGAUGCUGUUGCAGAUAGUAAAGGUUGACCCGGUAAUGUAAAGGCUGACUGAGCUGAGCUGUCAUUCUGAAGGCACCUUGCCUGGGAAGAGUUUUCCCAGGAGCAAAUUACCACUAAAUUUGUCUGUUUUAAUAAAGAAAUGUUUUACUUUUCUUUUGCUUGAAUCUUUUUGGGGAGAUUUGUCCCAGGACACCACUUUCUCCUGAAACUCCUCUUGGCUCACACAUGAGACAAAUUCAAUAAAAAUUUUUCAAUCAAGCCAAGACUCUAGGGAAUUUUUACCUCCCCUGUUUCCUCAUGGACAAAGUUGGGAGUUGUACAGAUGUUGUGUGGAGAAAGUUGUUCUGGAAGCAAAUCUACUAACAUUGGUUGAGUGUGGAGUUAUAUUGGUGUCUAAUUUGUGUGCAGUGGGACAUUUUCAGCCCUUAAGAUUUUCUGCACAGUCAAAAACAUUUUUUAGACAAACCUUGAUCUGACAAAGAAUAAUUUGAUUUGGAAACAAAUCUAUUCUCUGCUCAGUAAGUUUGUUUGUGUGGCUGCACAUUAAUAAACUCUCACUUUGUGUUUUUUCACUUGCCCGCUCUCUAAUUCUCUGCUCUGUGUUCUCAGACCCUUGAAGACCUGCUCACAGCGUCUGUCUGCUUUGUGCACCUUCAGGUUUGCCUUGCGCACUUGAGAAACACAUGGUAGUGUUACAGUGUGCGUCCAUUUCAGCUAAUUGGAUGACAAAGUGAGUGAUUUCUGAUUGGCUGUUCUAUCUCCAAAGCAAUCACUAAUAGGAUCACCUGUCACCAAGGAAAAACGCACAUAAAAUAAAAUGUAUGUGCAUGUGAAAUCUCUUUCCUCUGUUCAGGGAUAAAAAUGUCCCACGGCACACAAACACAGCUGAGACAAAUACAGUUCCAUAUUUGAGCUACACCUCAGUGGCUGGAACCAAAGAACCAUGUUCUCUCUGGCAAUAUUUGACUGAAGCCCACUGAUCAAUCAUCAGGAAUUGGCCAAAAAUUAAGUCAGUAUGUUUUUUUUUAUUUUUUUUAUUGGAUUUGGACCUUAACAUUGCAGGUGUGAGCACACUGAAAUUUUAACUUUGACUUCACUGAGGUUUGAUUAAACCAAAAACUGCCUCCAGAGCAACAAACAUUUGUACAACUACAACUCAAGCAUUUUCUCUUGUAUCCCCUGUAAUAAAUUGGAGAUUUUUCCUAAUGGAGUUGCAGAGAGUUCAUGUGUUCCUGUGUUGAAUCCUGUGUAUGAUGUGUUUUGUCGUACCUGUAUUUGAAGCACUUGAGCCAACAGUUAUGAAAUCCAAAAAUUCAUGCAGAUGCCUGACACAGGUGAACUCCUCUGAUGUGUUCAUGCCAUCCUUAGGUCAGUGCCACACAGCUGUCUGGGUGAAGUCAGCCUCUGUGCCUCUUUGUGCUUCUGUGUGGCCAUAACAGAGAAACAUGUCAGCCCAACAGCAUCUCUCCCAUGGGUCUUAAAGGCUUUGUUUUUGUUUUUUUCAUUUUUUUUGCAACUCUCAUCACAUGGAUCUGUUAUCAUUUAAGUCAGAUCAGUGAAACUAAAGUCCAGAAUAAAAUCUAUUUUGAUAA